AAUAAAACUGUCAAUAAUGUAAACACCGAUCUAGUACCAUUUAGUAGUAAAAAACUGUACAAUUUCUUUAAAAUGGCAACACUGUUGACAGCUGUCAUUGUUUUAUUUUUAUACCAUCCCCCGGCGAAUGGCAAAAAAUAACGAAUGAAAAUAUUUAUGUGCUGUGUCGUAUUGAAGUUUUAAUGUGUUUCCGUUUUUAAUUAAAAAUAAGAGUUAUGAAUUAAUUGUAAACUAAAUUUAAUUGGGUUAAAUUAACACUUACUGUAUUAUCAAGCUUAGAUAUAGUACAUCAACAAUAUGGCAGUGCUUGGCGCUCAACUUGUACUUACCUUGGUUAUGAUAAGUGUAAUCCAAAAGUUGAACCCACAUUUUUCUUUUGCGAAAUGGAUACUUUGUUCUACUGGAUUGCAUCGUUACUUACAACCUACAGAUAACGAACUACGGACAAAGGGUGGUGUACCUAAGGAGAAACACAAUAAAAAUAACAAAAAUAAAAAUUCAGCAAGUGAAAAAAAUGGCACAACUGGUCAGUUUCACAUACCUCGCAAUAUUGAUGUCGAUUUGGGGCUGAUACCCGUUAUAGAACGAGAUGUUGUUCAUUUACGUUAUUUUACUGAAUACCAGUGGCUAGUGGAUUUCAGUAUUUAUGCUGGUCUAGUUUAUGUUAUUUCAGAAGUGUACCAUUUUUACUUCCCGCUUAAAAAUGAAGUCAACUUAAGCAUGGUGUGGUGUUUGCUAGUCAUUUUUUUCGCAAUAAAACUGCUGUCUGCACUUACGGUUUUAUAUUUUCACAGCGAGGAAUCAAUCGGUGAACGUUCCAUGGUGAUUGUUGCGUGUCUUGUUUACCUAUUAAUAGCCAUGAUGGUGCUUAUAGUUGAUGAAAGUAUAUUAGAGACCGGCUUGGAGAAUGCGUACAAUAGUUUUAAUAACAGCGCUUCAAAGUUCCUAACUGAACAAGGACUGCCAUCUUCUGGACCUGCUUCUAAAAUAGUUGUUAAAUUCUUCAUAGCAUUAGGUUGUGGUAUUUUGGGAUCCCUGUUUACUUUUCCUGGUUUGCGUAUGGCUAAAAUGCAUUGGGAUUCAUUAAAAUAUUACGGAAACAAUAAACUAAUGCAAAUUAUAUUAAAUAUAAGCUUUAUACUACCCUUUAUAUUAGUAAUUUUAUGGAUACGUCCAAUUAGCAGAGAUUACUUAACUGUACGGAUUUUUGAGGGUAUGGAUGCACCAUUACUAAAACCACAUGUAUUCGAAACACUUCGCCUACUACUUGUACUGAUUGUUGUCAUUCUACGGUUUGCUUUAAUGCCCAUCUACUUACAAUCUUAUUUGAAUAUAGCACAUGACAAGGUGGAGGAUUUACGGAAAGAGGCCGGUCGUAUAACAAAUAAAGAAUAUCAAACAAAGAUUUCAUCUAUUUUUUACUAUCUUUGUGUUGUUACUUUACAAUUUGUUGCUCCGGUCAUACUGUGUUUAUACCUCACUUUGAUGUACAAAAGCUUAGGUGGUUUUAGUUGGACUGGGCUCUUUACCGAAACUGUUUUACAAGAUGAAUGCGUUGCCAAUCUUGAUUCGCAAGCAUCAACACUUGUCAGCAGUAUAGAAACAGUUGCAGAAGGCAGUGGUGUGGGAGACAUUGAUGUGAUCGAAGAAAAUUUUAAUAUUUUAGAAUCUGCACAAACGUUACAAGCAUCAUUAACAAGUUUGAAAAAUGUCUUUAGUACGGAAGUUUAUAAAGGCUUUCUUGGAUUUGCAACUUGGUGGAGUUAUUUCACAUUAUUCGCAACGUCAUCUUUGGGAAUCGUGUAUCAGUCAUAUUUUAACAAAACAUGAGCAAUUUAAUACUAAGUUUUAUUUUUCAUACUGUUUGUUAUUUAUAUAAAUUUAG